UGACCUUGGAAAGCUUGGCCAGAUCUCUUGUGAACAGAAAGACCAGUAGAGAUCCAAGGGUCUAUUUUGGAGCUGUAUUAAAGACCAGAGAGAAGAUGGAGGGACAACACCCAGCAGAUGCCGAAAUUAGAAAAGCCCCUCCAUCUGCUCAGCCUUGGAGCUGUGGGAGGAAUGAAUCCCGGGGGACAAUGAAUCCCGGGCAGAAGAUCCCCGAAGAGGCAUACAUCAGUGCAGAGGGGAGCAGUCCCCGAGAUGUUUGCACUCAGCUUCACUAUCUUUGUUGUCAGUGGCUGCAACCAGAAAAACACACAAAGGCUCAGAUGCUUGACCUGGUGCUCCUGGAACAAUUCCUGGCCGUGCUUCCCCCAGAGAUGGCAAAUUGGGUGCGGGAGUGUGGAGCAGAGACCAGUUCCCAGGCGGUGUCCCUGGCUGAAGGCUUCUUGCUGACUCAGGAAGAGGAAAACAUGCAAAAAGAGUUGCAG